UCUUGUACGCUAUCGGUCUUACUAAUAAACAUUUAUACACGCUGUAUACACGCGUUAUAACUUAUUCAUUACUAAUAAACAAUGAAUAGGGAUUGUCAUCUUAUACACUCGUUAUAACAGUUGUAUAAGUUUAUGUCAUUUUACACAAUCCUUAUUCAGUCGUAUCAGCUUGUUUAACGUGUGAAUAACCUACAAAUUUCUGAUUGUCACGUCUCAUCUCGUGACGUAUUUUCUUUCAUUUAAUGGUUUUUAUCACGGAUUAGAAAAUAUUAUGGAUUAUUUGCAUUAUUUUGAUUAUCUGCGUCAUUUUGAUACUCUUGAGAUGGAAGAUGAGGAACCACCUCGAAAGAAAAAAGUUUAUAAAACACGGUUUGAUCCCUUUUCUUUGGAAGAAGAUGAAUUUAGAAGUAAAUAUAGAUUUACUAAGAAGUAUGUCAAAUAUGUGGUAGAUUUGAUCCGCGAAGACAUAAAACAAACGAAGAAGGGUGGCGGCAUCUCUGUGGAACUUCAAGUUUGUACAGCUCUCAGGGUAUGGGCGCGGCAAGAAGUUCAAGACGAUGCAGCUGACAUUCAUGGCAUGAGUCAACAAUCGAUCACUGUUGUUUGUCGCCGCGUUGCCGUCGCUCUAGCAAAAAGAGCAGCGCAAUUCAUUUAUAUGCCACGAACUCUUGAGGAAGAGGAAGUAGUGAUGGCUGGAUUCCGCAGUAUUUGUGGGUUUAGACAUGUGGUAGGUGCAAUUGAUUGCACUCACAUAAAAAUAAAAAAGUUGGCGGUGACAAUGCACAAUAUUACAUUAAUAGGAAAGGAGUAUCCUCCAUUAACGUUCAAGUUGUCUGUGACUCUAAAUUGCAAAUUAGAGAUAUUGUAGCACACUGGAGAAGUAGGACACAUGACUCUCGAAUAUUUAGAGAAGCUCGUAUUCGACAAAGGUUCGAAAAUGGAGAAUUCCAUGGUCGUUUACUCGGAGAUGCAGGUUAUGGGCUAACUAAUUAUUUAUUUACACCUGUCCAAAAUCCUAACAAUAUAAAGGAAGAAAGCUACAACAAAGCCCAUAUCCUUACCAGGAACCCUAUAGAGAGGUGCUUCGGAGUAUGGAAGCAGAGGUUCCGGUGUUUAUUGCAUGGAUUUAGUGUUUCUUUGGAGAAUGCAAAAACUUAUUUAGUUGCACUUGCUGUACUGCACAACAUUGCGAUGAAAAUGGGUGAAAAUGCGGAAAUUGAAAUUUUUGAAACUGGUAAUCAACCACCACCACUUCAUCAAGAACAGAGACAGGCAGCUGACAAUACAACUGGACAAAUAGCAAGGCAGUUGUUUAUAAGAACUUAUUUUUAACAAGUAUAUCUAUUUUUUUCUAUUAUUUUUCUAUAGCUUUGACUGAAUAUUGGUUUUAUAUUGUUCGCACAUAGUUGAAGCAAUCAAAACAAUGUAACCAAGAAUUGUAUUGUGAAUCUGAUUGAAAAAGAGUAACCUAUGGAGUUUCUUGCUCGUUCUUCUCUAUAGGAAUCUACACUUUGGAAAGAGCAAAUAGCUUCACUAGAGGACUGACCGACAGACAGACGUUAUUUAUAUUAUUAUAUUUGCUUUGACGUUCAAAAGUGCCUUCCUGGUCUAUUUGAAAUAAAUAACUUUGACUUUAAAAUAAAAGAACAAGUUUUUACUGAGAAUUUAUUUUAUUAAUUUGGGUUGUAAUAAAAUAUUUUGUAGUUUUAAAUUUUUAAGCGAAGCUCAUGUUUAGCUCGUGCGGCACUCAUGGGCUUCUAACAUAUGUUUUAUUUUCACAUCAUUUUCAGCCUUUAUAGCAUCAAUGAGAACUUGGUUUCGCAUUGUCUGCUCAUCCUUAUGCUGAAACAAAUGAUAGUAAUUAAAAAAAUAUAGUUAUGAGAAUUAACUUUAGCAGAACUUAGUAAAUAAAACUUACUUUAAAUGGUAACUUCUACUUUUCUCUUCGCGUAGUUAUAGGACCUUUAGGGGUUACACAUUUAUCUACCAUCUAAGGAAAUGGAAUUUCAAAUAUUAUUAUAUGAAGUCAGAAUCAAUAAUGAAACAAUGGUAUGAACAUAAUUUAAUUAUAGAUUUAAGAAGGGAAAGAAAUUAGGAAAUUAUUUAAUAACAUGUUUUCUAAUUAACAGAAAUGCCACAUGAAAGCUUUGCUUUUGCCUGCGAGUUCACCCACAAUACUUUAGGAAAUUGUACAUAUAAAUUUGUACAUACUUUAAAUAAAUAAAUAAAUCUCCCUCUUGAAUCACUUGAUUUAUUUAACAAACUCAUCUAAAUCUAUUGAAUAGUUUUAAAGAUCUAAGCAUUCAUAGGGACAGACAGACAUAUUACAGGAAGUGACUUUGUUUUAUACUAUGUAGAUAUAUAAUUAUAUGAAGUGCUUAGUCCUCGAUAAUUAUUUUGUUUACCAUGUAGUCCCACUAUCAUCUAUUGUGUGAACGCGAAUAUUUAGAGAAUCCUGCAAAAAAAAAAUAUAUAUAUACACGGGCAACCCUAUUCAUCUAAUGUCAUUCACUAUUUUUCGCGUUGUGUGCUCGCACGGAAUUUUUCGUAGAAAUAUUAUCUGUUAAGUGAUUACUGUAUUUAGUGAGUUCAAGUUGAUUAAAGUAAAAUGCCUAAGAGUAGAGAAGAAAAAUUAUGGAAGAAGCUGAAGAAACUGGAAGAAAAAAUUAAGGAAAGUCAAAGUCGUCGUAGACGAAUUAGAUCUUUAAGUUCGUCGGAGCGGGAGUCGGUAGACGAUCCUGAUCCAAAUGAGAGACCUGAAGUAAUCGAGGACACAGGUAUGUUUAGUCUAAUGAUUACGUUGUACCUUGUAGGUACCCAACAACUACAAGACGAUGUGCUGAUUGCUCUGGGAAAUCCGUCCUGCUCUGACAAAUCUUAUAGUGAAAGUAUUCACCCUGAGAUAAUAUGGAGAGUAGAGAAUGUGUUAACAAGUGGAUUGGAAAAGGAUCGCAAGAAUGAAUUAUUAAAAAAAUAUCUGAUUCCCAAUAAUUUUGCCUUGCUAGAGGCUCCAAAAUUAGACAUGGAGCUAGAAGGCCUAUUGAGCGACCCAAUUAAAGAAAAGGACAAAAGGAUCGAAGAGCGACAGCAGCAAUUGGGGGUUGCGUUGUCUGCUGUAUUAUCUUGUUUAGAUAAUUUUGUUAAAGUUGACCCAAACCCAGCAAAAAUUGAAGUCCUGACAGAUGUAGCCAGGCUACUAAGUGAUUUACAUUAUAACGACACUUGUACACGUAGAAAGUUGGUGGCGGUUAAUCUGGAUAAAAACAUAGUUAAAACAACAGAAAGCGCUAAACGGGACAGCUUCCUGUUUGGAGAAAGAUUUAACGAAGAUGUAAAGACUGCUAAUGCCAUAAAGAAGGCAGCACCAAACAUACUGAAAAAGUCCAAUUUCACCCGAAAGAUGGGGCAGACCAGGCAGUCAAAUUAUACCCAAUUUAAAAAUAAGGAAAACUUCAAUGCCCCUCCACAAGUAAAUCGAGCCAAACAAGGGAGGGGGGCAGGUAUCAACCCAGGAACAGUUUGAUGCAGCAGCAGUAGCAACAACCGCAUCAGAAGAAGGCAUAUCGACACAAGUCUGUACGUCGGACAUAAAGGUAAAGACCUUUGCAGGUCGUCUUAAAUUUUUUUAUCCUUGUUGGCGAAGGGUCACUCAAGAUAAUGUUAUUUUAUCUUGGGUAAAAGGUUACAAAAUUCCUUUUGUAAAAACUCCAUACCAACAGAUAUAUCCUAAAAACUGUACAUUUUCAGAGUCUGAAAAUAUAGUUUUAUUAAAGGAAAUUGAUAGAUUAUUAAAAUUGGGUGUCGUUAGUAAGUGUACAUCAAUUAGUGGACAAUUUUGUUCAAAAAUAUUCUCUAUUACAAAGCCUAAUGGUAGUACCAGACUUAUCUUGAAUUUAAAAUGCCUAAAUAAGUUCAUCCAGACGGAACAUUUUAAAAUGGAAGACAUGAGAACUGU